ACCAGAUUGGGUGCUUGGCCGUCCCCGCCAUUAGCGCGUAACAAGAGACUGCUUGCUGCGGCAGAGACGCCAGAGGUGCAGCUCCGGCAGCAAUGGCAGUAACGGCGUUGGCGGCGCGGACGUGGCUUGGCGUGUGGGGCGUGAGGACCAUGCAAGCCCGAGGCUUCGGCUCGGAUCAGUCCGACAAUGUCGACCGGGGCGCGGGCUCCAUCCGGGAAGCUGGUGGGGCCUUCGGAAAGAGAGAGCAGGCUGAAGAGGAACGAUAUUUCCGAAUUAUCACGAUGACACCUGCCAUACCGUAUAGAGAGCCAAGAGCACAGAGUAGAGAACAACUGGCAGCUUUGAAAAAACAUCAUGAAGAAGAAAUCGUUCAUCAUAAGAAGGAGAUUGAGCGUCUGCAGAAAGAAAUUGAGCGGCAUAAGCAGAAGAUCAAAAUGCUAAAACAUGAUGAUUAAGUCCACACAGUUCCCCAUAGAAUGGCACAUGUCAUUGCCCUCUUCUGUGUAGACAUGGUUCUGGUUUAAUUAAUAUUUGUCUGUGUGCUACUAACAGAUUAUAAUAAAUUGUCAUCAGUGAACUGUG